CUACUAUCAACUAUCGCAACAAUUGAAUGAUGUCCGACAAUUCAACUACUGUCACCCUGGCCCAGAUGCCUCAGCAGAAUCAUCUUUGGGUUCCUGAGGAUGACUGGACCGGGGUGGUCGACCGACAAAAACGACGCCGUCUGCAGAACCGAUUGAAUCAGCGCGCCUAUCGUAUGUACAGUAUCACCUUUCUCAACGUGAUGAUCAUCUAUUCACCUGCAUUGUCCGGAAUUUCAGGCAUGAAGCAGAAAGCAAUCAAUCAAUCCUCUGCAUCAGAAGGCGAGACUACUGAGUCUACGUCCAAUGUCUUGGUCCAGGCCCGCAAUAUCACCACCACCACCACCACCGCCCACUCAACAGACUCCCCACGGUCGCAUUCACCCAAUGAGACCGAUGACAACGAUCUGGAUUGCCAUCUCAUUCCUCAAGGCGCCCUGCAAUUCCGGCGGCAGUUUGAGGUAAUUGCUCGGCAGAGCUUCCGCCUGGGCAGUCCUCAGAUUGAGCACUUGGUCAGUCUUCGCCGCCUGAAUGUCCACCGCGCCAUCAAUGAGAACAUCCGCGCCCUGGGCAUGACUCCAGCCUGGAUGCAGCCGGAGGAUGCGCUGUCCAUCUUCAACUUGCCGGUGCCGGGCUCUUCGGAAGCACAAAUCCCCCCGAGUCUCCAGCCCACCCCCAUCCAGCGCCUCGUGCCUCAUCAUCCGUGGCUGGACUUCUUCCCCUUCCCCCGGAUGCGCGAGGUCAUGAUUCUCGCCGGAGACCGGCUCGACGAGGAUGAACUGUGCCGGGAUCUGAUGGCCUUCUGGGACACUCACAACACGGGGGCCUCUCUCGUGGUCUGGGGACCGCCGUGGGAUCCCCGGAACUGGGAGGCAACCGAGGAAUUCGUGCGCAAAUGGCGCUGGCUACUCGUGGGAUCGCCCGAACUGCUCGUCUCAACCAAUUGGUGGCGGGCAAGGAGAGGAGUUCCUGCGCUGCGUUGGCACCAGUUAGGGUUACAAUGA